AGAGGGUGUGCCAGGACUUCCAUGAUUCUGAUCCCACUCUGUCUCUCCAUCUUUUAAUGUUCUGGGGAUCGUCUCAUGUUACUUCUCUACUUCUUUGAUCCUGAGCAACUACAUCAAGCCCAGGAAUCACAUGUCUAGACUAGGGGCUAUCUGAAGUGGUUUCUUUUGCUGGAAACUAGUACAGUAAGGUGUGAAAGGUUGUCCCAAGUUUAGAUAAUUGGAAAGCAAAUGCUAGAACGUAGGGCUGAGUUGUUGAGGAAAGCAGGGAGUUGAAAGCUAAAGAACAGAAAUCACACUGUGAUGGUUUUCUCAGAUUUUCUGUGUCUCUUCUGGAAUGAGACAAGUGAUGCAAGUUUUGGAUCAGAAGAUGGAGAUCUGACCCAAGUCUCAAAUUUCCUGUGGCUACAACAUGGAGACCAGACUGUGGGUGUGAAGGGUGGGAUAGGAGGAGCAAAGAUAAUCCUACUGUAGCAGUCAGGUGAGAGCUAAUAAUGGCUGGACCAAUGUGGUGGCCAUGCACUUGGUAGCUGUUGGUAUCUAUAUCAGUUUUUUUAAGUAAGAAAGACCAGGUUUAUAGAUACUGAGGGUGAGAGAUUCUUACUUAAGAAUCUGUAGUUCAUGGAAGUGGGGUGUUUGGGUCUAGUAGCUAGAAAUAUAGAAGCUCCACUAAGCAGGAUAAGUUCGUAGUAGGGUUAAUUAUUGGAAUAUUCACAGUUUUGUUUUGGGACAUCUUUAGAGGCUGAGAUAUUUCAAAGAACAGCUAGUUUAGACAUCAAAUGGAUAGUUAACUACACAGGACUACAGCUUUGAGGAGGGAUUCAGGACACAUCCAGAAGGUAGUGAUCAGUGUUUGUCCUGGGUGUAGCUUGGGUCACCAUUAAAAGGGAAUCCUGGUUUGCUGGUAAUGCUAUUAGGAGCCUGGGGAACCCAUGGGUGUGUCUUGUGCUUGGGUCCUUGGGUGGUAGUUGUGGGAGUCACAAAGAUGUGGGAGAGAAGUGAAAGGUGUGGGAGAGAGGAUGGUCUGGCAGUUUGCCAUGAAAUCAGUGUGAAGGCCUAGGAGUAACUGAGGUACUGAAGCUAGGACUAAUGCUUAUUCAACAUACUUUAUAUCCACAAGAUUUUUGUAGAAUCCGUGGUGUUUCUUUCGAGUUUCAUAAAUUAGCAGCAUAAAUUUUCAUGAGGAGAGUUGGUGUUCCUGAGGUGUAAGGCUACUGUGGCAGGCCAUUGAAUGAAGGUCAGGAGGAGAGGCAGGCAAUUCCUGGAGGGGGGCAUAUCAAGUACACCACAAGUGGAAGUGGGCUGUGGUUUCUGAAAUCUGAGGCCGUUCUGGGUUGCUGAGGUUGAAACAAGGAGCUCAGUCAGCAGAGGAGCUGUUGUUGGGAUGUGGCCUAAGUGUUCCUGAAGGAUUCAUGUGUUGAAAUGUGAAUCCCAUCCUGACUUAUUAACAGUGGAAACAAUCUGUGAUGUUUGGAGGUUGAGCCUUUGGGAAGUGAUUCGGGCUAUGUAGAGUUGUUGGGAUGUAGCCUGUGGUAGGAUUCUGCUGGCUGUGUAAGUAGAAAAGAGAUUGCAUACACAUGUACGUGUUUCCUGUGUCUUGUCAUGUUAUGCCCUGAGCUACUUGAGGAGACUGCCAGCAAGGCCAUCUCAGAGGAAGUGUUUAGACCUUGCACCUCCAGAACUGACUGUGUGACCUUUGAGGAUGUGGCCAUUUACUUCUCCCAGGAAGAGUGGGGGCUCCUUGAUGAGCAUCAGCGGGUGCUGUACCUCGGUGUGAUGUUGGAGAACUUUGCACUUGUAACCUCACUAGUUUGUUGGCAUGGAAUGGAGGAUGAAGAGAUACCUUCUGAGCAGAUUUCUGUAGGACUGUCACAAAUCAAGACUACAAAGGCAGGUGUAUCUACCCAGGAGACUUAUCCCUGUGAAAUGUGUGUCCCAGUUCUGAAAGACCUUUUGAACCUGGCUGAUCAACCUGGGCAGGAACCAUACUUGACUGGGAUAUGUGCAAACCUUCACCAGGAGCAGAAUUGUCACAGAUCAGAGAUGUCCUUGAAGAGAGACUUGGGAAAAGCCUCAUUUAUGAAGAGCUGCAGAAUCCAAGGGAAACCUGUAACUUGUGGAGAUGUUGGAAAAAGCUUCUUGGCCACAUUGGACUUUAUCCAGCCCCAGUCUGUUCCCAACUGUGAGAGGCCAAAUACAGUUACUGAGUGUGAGGAAGAUCUUCAUAUUGGAAUAAAUCAUUACAAGUGGAGUGAAUGCAGAAAAACUUCCAGCCACAAAUAUGCUCUUGUUCACCAUCCAAGAGUCUACACUGGAAAAAGGUUUUAUGAAUCUACCAAAUGCGGGAAAGCCUACUGCUGCAAGUACUCACUUAUUCAGCUCCAGAGAGUCCAUAAUGGAGAAAGGCCUUAUGAAUGCAGUGAAUGUGGGAAAUCUUUCAGCCAGACCUCCCACUUGAAUGACCACCGCAGAAUCCACACUGGAGAGAGGCCUUAUGAGUGUGGUCAGUGUGGGAAAUCAUUUAGUCAAAGAGCCACCCUCAUUAAACAUUACAGAGUGCACACUGGAGAAAGACCUUAUGAGUGUGGUGAAUGUGGGAAAUCUUUUAGCCAAAGCUCCAACCUCAUUGAACACUGCAGAAUUCACACUGGAGAAAGGCCUUAUGAGUGUGAUGAGUGUGGGAAAGCAUUUGGGUCCAAAUCCACUCUUGUUCGACACCAGAGAACUCACACGGGAGAAAAGCCUUAUGAAUGUAGCGAAUGUGGGAAAUUCUUUACACAGAGCCACAGUCUACUUGAACACCAGAUAAUUCACACCGGAGCAAGGCCUUAUGAGUGUGGACAGUGUGGGAAGUCAUUUAGCCUAAAGUAUGGCCUCAUUCAACAUCAGUUAAUCCACAGUGGGGCUAGGCCUUUUGAGUGUGACCAGUGUGGAAAAUCUUUUAGCCAAAGAGCCACCCUCAAUAAACACCACAAGGUGCACACUGCAGAAAAGCCUUACGAGUGUGGGGAAUGUGGGAAAGCCUUUAUGUUCAAAUCCAAACUCAUUCGGCACCAGAGGACUCACACUGGAGAAAGGCCUUUUGAGUGCAGUGAAUGUGGGAAGUUCUUCAGACAGAGCUACACCCUUGUUGAACACCAGAAAAUUCACACUGGCUUGAGGCCCUAUGAAUGUGGUCAGUGUGGAAAAUCCUUUAUCCAGAAGUCUGGCCUCAUUCAGCACCAGGUGGUUCACACUGGAGAAAGACCAUAUGAGUGUGGCAAAUGUGGGAAAUCUUUUACACAGCACUCUGGUCUCAUUCUUCAUCGAAAAUCUCACACCAUGGAGAAGCCUCACAAAAGCAACAAAUGUGAGGAAGCCUUCAGCCCAAGGUUUAACAUCACUUAGCUCCUGAAAGUCCACACUUGAGAAAGGCCUAUACCUGCAGGAAUUGUGCUAUUUCUUUGGUCAGUAUUAGGCCUUAUGAGGGAACUGCCUGCCUGAAGUUGAACAUCAUACUUCCUAACACCCACACUGGGGUGAGAGUCCCACUCAUUCAGGGACAGGUAAAGCUUACAGGAGCCUUUGUCAGAGUUAAAUCACUGCCAGAAGGCAUCUUCUACCACCUAACACAGUGUUCGUUGGUCAUCUGAGCUUGUAAAAGAAGGAACAUGUUUGCUUAUGCCAAGGAGAAAUUCUUGAACAGCCUGGGCCUUCAAGGAUAAUUCCUUCCACUUUCUGACUGAUUAAAACAUAUAUCUGACCUAGUUUUUAACCAGGAGGAGCUGAUCUGCAGUCUGCUAGAGUCUUCUAGGAAUGGCUUACCUUACCUUCAUGGAAAAGUUUUAUCAGUCUCCCAUUCACCAACAUAAAAUUUUCUUCAUACUGUUCUAGCUUAUGCAUUAAUAAAUACUUUAUUAUUUAAUC